UUGUGAUAUGACACGAUUGUAUAUAUUGGCAUUAUUAAUAACGAGUAGAAAGAUAUUUCGAUAUAUUUUUAUUAAAAUGGUUUCAGUUUCAAAUAUAUUUUCUGUUUACAGUACGAAAAUUUAGGACCAAUAAUAUGAAAGGAUUGAACAGAAUGAAAAUUGGUCUUUUUUAAUCUUACUUCACAGUAGGUUAAUUAAUUUUGUGUUUAGCACGAUGAAAAAUAAUCAUUUUUUGUUAAAUAGAAUGUCUAAAGUCUUAUGAGUAAAAUAAAUAAAGAUCGAAAGUUUAAUUGAAAUUAAUCCGCUAAAACAAUUCUUAAAAAUAUAUAAAUUAACUACAAAUUCAGUGCACACAUAUGUAAGUGAGGGCGCGAUCAGUAUUUUUCUGCGAUACGAGUCCAAAAUGUCAGACAUCGAUAAAUGGAUGGAACUUGCAAAAGAGUGCAAGUAUCUUCCUGAAAAUGACCUUAAGAAACUUUGUGACAUGGUAUGUGACAUAUUAUUAGAGGAAUCUAAUAUUCAACCAGUAUCUACUCCGGUAACAGUAUGUGGAGAUAUUCACGGCCAGUUUUACGAUCUAGAAGAAUUAUUUCGUAAUGGAGGCGCUGUGCCAGAAACAAAUUAUAUAUUUAUGGGAGAUUUUGUAGAUAGAGGGUAUUAUAGCGUAGAAACAUUUACUCGCCUACUCACACUUAAAGCUAAAUGGUCUGAUAGAAUAACAUUACUUCGAGGAAAUCACGAAUCCAGACAAAUCACUCAUGUCUAUGGUUUUUAUGAUGAAUGUCAAAACAAAUAUGGCAAUGCGAAUGCAUGGAAAUACUGUUGUAAGGUGUUCGACUUACUUGCAGUUGCUGCCUUAAUUGAUGAACAAGUACUUUGUGUACAUGGUGGAUUGUCUCCAGCCAUUAAAACAUUAGAUCAAAUUAGAACGAUUGAAAGAAAUCAAGAAAUUCCGCAUAAAGGUGCUUUUUGUGAUUUGGUUUGGUCCGAUCCAGAAGAUGUUGAAUCAUGGACUAUUAGUCCACGUGGAGCAGGUUGGUUAUUUGGAAGUAAAGUAACAUAUGAAUUUAUGGAAAUCAACGAUCUUAAACUUAUUUGUAGAGCUCAUCAAUUGGUUCAUGAAGGUUAUAGGUACAUGUUUAAUGAUAAGCUUGUAACAGUAUGGUCAGCUCCAAAUUAUUGUUAUCGUUGUGGUAACGUAGCUAGUAUUUUACAGUUUACAACUGUCGAUCAAAGAAACCCAGUGCUAUUUCAGGCAGUGCCUGAUUCUGAAAGAGUAAUUCCACCUUUAACUAUUACACCAUACUUUUUGUGAUCUAAUCUAGUGUUCCAUUUGUUUGGAUGCAGAAAGGUGGUAUCUGCGUCUAGACGUUACGGAAUUACAUGACUGUUUCUUCAUGUUGACGGACACAGGCUGAUACUUUGACGGAGCAUCAAAUUUUGAAGUAUUAUUUAGAAUUUUAAUUAAAAAAAUUUUGUUUAUGUUUUUAUACUUAAAUGUUAUUUGGAGAACAGGAUUGUCGUGUGAUUACUUAUUCAAGGAAUGAUUUUACACAGUUUUUAGGAAAUUUAUCCAUUUUUGUAUAUUAAGAAAUUAACUUUUAUAUAUAAUUGCGCCUGCCAUUGCAUCAGCCUGAUUCUCCUAGUUUGAAAAAUGUUUCGCAUUGAAAUGUGAACACUAUGGUCUAGACGCUUUUGCUGUCUACUGUGGACAUUCUAGAGCAUUCGUAUCUCAGAGCAGUAUUGUGAAUGUACCGUUCUAAAGGCUAAGAGCUUUAAAAUAAGUUAUGAACACAAACAACAGCAGGUUCAGUAAUGUAUGAACGAAUAAAUGAGAAACCAUUUAAACAUUCCGAAGUGGGAGAGUCUCUGAGUAUAGUGAAUGCUUCAUUGAUAUUAUGAUCGUUGUGCGUAGAAUUCAGGUUUAUUAAAGCGUGAGCAUAUAUACUACUGUUAAGGUCUUCCUGAGUAUGUAAUUGAUCUGUUUCUGAUUUAGACAUUGUGUACGCUGUGUGCAAUUCUUUUUAUUCUAGAUGCGCAAUCAGUGUUCUUAGCAACAUAAAGUCGGCGGUUCUGCCGAGGUACAAAUAGUAUGUAGCAGUAGCCAAAGAUUUCCUGCCCAGGUAAGGAAAUUGAGUAGAAAAAUUGUAUUAUAUAAUAGAAGUUUUCUUAUUAUUUUUAUGCACAUGACAAUUUUAUAUUUCAUUCCCUUUUUUCCUUUUACGGGUUCAAAAUACUAUUUGCAAAAUAUCUUAAAAAGUACUGAAAUUUUUUCAUAAUAUCGGCCUUUUUAACUAUGUUCUACUUUUAUGUGUACAGAGCAAUAGUUUGAAUAUUAUUAUAUUCUCAGAAUCUUUGUACAGUUUUCACAUUAUAUGCCAAAUCGCUGUCGUACUGAAUAAUUAUAAUAGCUAGACUGUCAUAAGUUCAUUAAUGUAGGGAGCAACUUUUAAGAACCAAGACCCUUAGCAAUGUGCCUCUAAAUUAAUAAGCGUUUGUGUAAUAUAAUGAUACGAUAUUGAUACAUAAUCAAUGGAACGCACCGGCCAUUGCGUAUCAUAAGCCUGAAUUCUGACCAUCGAUUUACUAGCUCAUGAUAUUCCCUAACCGAUCACAGACCCGACAAUUAUGGCAUUGGCAUUGGCACUGGUUGUCAAGUUGAAACUACUCUAUUUUGAGUUUUGUGAUAUAGUUCAAGCGAGGCAUGUGAAAAUUGCAUCGAUGUUUGUAACGAUUUUCCAUGUCGGAUCGUUUGAAAAUGUUUUGAAGACUUGUUAUUUCAAAAAAAAAAUGAAAAAAAAAUAAAAAUAGUCAACUUUUGAACAGUGCCUUCAGAACUAUAACACGACGGUCUACUAGAAGUAAAUACUGACGGAUAAUCAUAGACGAACUAGGACGGAUCAUAUAAAUAACAGAGAGCUUAACAAAGGCGUGUGUAAGGAAUUCUCUUCACUUUUUUAUAUUCCAGAAAAUAUCAUUAACAAUUACUUUAUCAUAUUUCGAUCUUUAUUAUUAUCUCGUAAGAUAUUUCGGCGUCCAAUUCGAUGAUUGCUUUACACGAUACUUUUUACAUUUUACAAUAUUAUCGAUAAAAAAUACGAUUUAUAUAUAUAUAUAUAAUAUAUCCAGAUUGUUACAAUAUGCAAUUAUACGAUUUUACAUUAAUCACUGCUUUGUAUUUACAUUAUUGAUAUUAUAUUAGAUAGAUCAUUACACAAGGCAAGACACGGAGUUUACGUUACAAACUCGAUCUGUCGGUUUUGCAGCCUCUAUUAUUAUCGUAAAACGGUGGUGAUGCAUGAGAAUGCCUACGUAGUACGGGGAUAUCCUAGGAAUCAUAAAAGUAUUAGCUUCUGUGUCUACUUAGGUAUUCACAGCAGUCACCUUUGAAAUGCCUCUGUCUGUGAUCGCUUUAAUCUUAUCGAAGUGUCCAAGCGCUUGCGGCGAUUUACAUCGGUAAGCUCACAGGAAUAAAGACAAUGACAUUAAAUAAUGAGACUACUUUAGCUUAAUAAACGUUUUGUGCAGGAGCUUGAACACUGCGCAUAAUUCUUAAAGAUCUCACAGGUAGACAACAUUUUAACGAUCAUGUACCUUGAAAGUAUAGAUUUUGUUAUGUUAAUGUAAUGAAACGUCUGUAAUAAAAAUGCGCAAAAAUUGCAA